AGAAAAUUCACAGCGCGCAACUGACCACUGAUCCGUGCGUAAAUAAUCGCCACUGCUCUGUGACAGAAUGUCAGAGAGGAAUUAUGUCGACUUGAAACCUCAAUCAAGAGCUUCAUUGCAUGGCCGAGUAAUUGACACGGAGAGGAUUUGAUGGAGGUGGUUUGGUGACAGGGACUUCUUUUUUUCUUCCGGACUUUCAGUUUGGAUUGGCACCGCAGCGCCUUAAUUAAACCUUCUGGACUUCUUAAUAUUUCAGUGGAGAGGACAGAGGAGAGUGGAUCCUGUAUCUGCAUGGGACUCUGACAGUUUGGGAUCUCUUGAUUGUCACGGCUCUCACCUUCUAUGUUUCACGAGAGGGGGGAUUAAACUGAGCUGAAAUCCCAAUCAGGAAGAACUUUAUUUCCGAGAGCUUCCAGCAGCGAAUCAGUGGAGUAUUCAUGAAGCAAUAUUUGAACUAUUACAAGAUGAGGCUGAGAACAUCGAGGUUAGGUUAUCUGUUACUUCAGUUCACGGCGCUUUGCUUUUACGCACAGAACACUGUGCAGUCCCCUCCUAACUUCAAGCACCAUGUCACGGAGCAGAGCCGGCUGUCGGACCGGAUGAGCCGCAGGUUGACACGAACCUACCAGCUGUACAGCCGCACCAGCGGGAAACACGUCCAGGUCCUGGCCAACAAGCGGGUCAACGCCAACGGAGACGACGGAGCGGUUCACGCUAAACUGGAGGUGGAGACGGACUCUUUUGGAAGUCGUAUUCGCAUUAAAGGGGUGAAGACAGGAUACUAUAUAUGUAUGAACAAGAGGGGGAAGCUGAUUGGCAAGCGGAAAGGUCGAGGCAAAGACUGCAUCUUCACAGAGAUUGUUCUGGAAAACAACUACACAGCGCUGCAAAAUGCCAAGUACGAGGGCUGGUACAUGGCUUUCACACGCAAGGGCCGUCCGAGGAAGGCCUCGAAGACCAAGCAGCACCAGAGAGAGGCCCACUUCAUGAAGCGUCUACCCAGGGGGCACUUGCUGGGCGAAAAGAGACCGUUUGAUGUCCUUCCUCUCCGUGUCCCCGCGCACCCUUUAAGCAAGCGGACUAAACAUUCCCAUCACCAGCGCUCAGGGCGCCGCUGAGGACUGAAACCACUGAGGGAGAACUGUGGACAAACCAGCACAGAGAAACCACUACAAGGGAAAACAAGUGCUCUCAGAGAAAUUAACUUUUACAGUCAAGUGCCCAUACACUUUUUGCCUCAUUUUGUGAACUUUGUGUAAUUCUUUGUAACCAUUGACUAUCUAAUCAGCUAGUUAUUUCCAAUUCAGACAGACUUUAGGACAGAUUUUUACUUAUUAAAUUGUGUGUGUGUGUGUGUCUGCGUGAGUGUGUGGUUCAAGUACAGAAGAGCUCAACAAUAUUGUCAUGAAUGAAAACCUCUGCUUAGAAGAAGCUCAGCAACAAAGAAUGCUUAAAAGGGAAAUAAGUACAAUGAAGCAAGACACGGCAGCUAUCUGUGGAUUUUCUUGUGGUUACAGCAUCUGAGUCUCAGUUGACAUGCUAUCCUGCCUUUAGGAGGCCAUUCUGAACAUUUUUUAACCUGUUUUUUUUUUUCUACAUACGUAUAUGAAUAUAUUUUUACUGUAAAAAUGUAAAUGACGUCAAAUGAUGGAAAUAUUUAUUGUAGAGUGUAUAUUAAAACCACUAAAGAAUCA